CCCCUUUCUGCAUAUUACCAUACGACCCUACAAUUUACUCACAUAUCACUCACAAAUCCCAAACCGCUCAGAAUGUCCCUGACCGCCUCUUUGCUCCAGGGAAAGACUGUCGAGAGUACACUUGACUCGCUCUUCAAGAAUAGUGCUGGACCCUCUGCGACACCAGCACCAAUUCCAGCUAAGAUUCGUAAACCAUAUCCAGAGGACCUAACCGAUCAACCAAAAAAAAAAAUUAAGACGCCCAAGCCCAAAUCCACGCCUGUCUCAAGAAAGGACAAAAAAAACAAACAGAAGGGUGCAGAUGAUGAUAUGAAUAGCGACCAUGAGGACGAAAACGAGGAGGAGGAAGAUGAAGAGGACAGCAGUAAUAAGAAGAAGAGUAAAGCGAGUAUUGAGGAUAAAUAUGAAGCUAAGCUAAUAGCUACAUCAGCAAAGAAGCCUAAGACCAAGAGGGAGUCCCAGAUGGGUGACAAUACACCCAAGGAAACCAAAGAAUUAGUUCAGCAGCAAACCAAACAUGAUUAUGGUAAAGACGUUGAUAUGGAAGAAUCAAAAAUUGAGGACCUCGUCCAUGAGUCUCUUAGGAAAAACAACAAACGCAAGGCCGAUACUUCAUUAUCGGAGUCACUUGAUGCAAAGGACAGCAAAAUAUCAAAGAAAGCAAAGAGCACGGAUGCAGUUGAGCUAGAGGAUGUUGACCUGGAUAAUAAGGCUGCUUCACCAAACACCACCAAAGACGACCCUGAAAGACAGGCACGGACGGUCUUUGUUGGCAACCUUGCAGUAGCAUGUAUGGCCCAGGCUCAGUUUAGAAAGUUGAAGUCGACUUUUGCACAGUAUGGUCCUGUGGAGUCGAUUCGCUUUCGUUCUAUUGCCUUUUCAGAAUUGUUGCCUCGCAAGGUUGCGUUUAUCACAGGAAAACUCCAUCCUGAGCGCGAUGUUGUGAAUGCGUAUAUUGUCUUCAAGAACAAAGAAUCAGUAGCCAAGGCUGUUGCUGCCUUAAACGGACAACUCUUCCUCAACAAGCAUAUACGUGUUGAUACAGUUGAUGGUGCCAAGAAACAUCAACCCAAGAAGAGCGUGUUUGUCGGUAAUUUGGCUUUUGAUGCGCAGGAAGAAGAUCUCUGGAACUUUUUCAAGGACUGUGGUGAUAUUGAGAACGUGCGCAUCAUCCGCGACAAUAAGACCAACCUUGGAAAGGGAUUUGCGUAUGUUCAGUUUCAGGAUCGUGCCAGCGUUGAUGUUGCUCUGAGAUUACAUGAUACCAAGAUGGGUUCACGCAAGCUGCGAGUUGUGCGCUGCAAGCGUCUCGAGGAAGAAAAUAAGAAGACUAAUGGUAUGGGGCCUCGAUCUAUGGCAGGGGUUGUAAAGGGUGCUAAGAGUAGUAUCAAGGACAAAGAUGACAAGCCUGCUAAGACACAGCAUGCACCCAUUGUUAUGGAUGGUGUGGCCAAGAGAUUGGCAUUCAAGGCUCGAAAAGCCAAUGAGAAACACAUCUUGACAAAAAAGAAGGCAGGCAUCAUUGUUGAGGGCGAGCGGUCACAGAAAGGCGCUAAAGUUGAUCUAGGCAUUAAGAAAGGCAAGACCAAGGUCAAAUCCAACGUUCCUAAGAAGAAGAUUGUGAAGAAGUAGAGGUG